AUGCGUACAUUUAUUAUUUUGUGUUUGGUGGCAGCAGCUUGUGCUGAUAAACUUGGAUAUAACUAUCGUCCUGUUGCACAUUCUGAUAAUGGCCUCUCAUUCCAACCUGGUGCUGAUAGCUAUAAUGGCGGUGCAGCCACUAAUGAUGCACCUUCAUAUGCUCCACAAGGUGGUGAAUUAGAAAAAGAGUUCUAUUCUUUCUCUGCUAAUGAUGAAGACUUCAAUGAACCAGCUGGAUCAUCUCCUGUGUCAAGCUCUUUGAAACGUGGUCUUCGUGUUAUUUUCAUUAAGGGUCCCGAAAACAAUGGUCUCGAAAAUGCUGCUCUCAAUUUGGCUAAACAAGCUGCUGAACAGCAGACCGCUAUCUACGUUCUCCAUAAACAAGCUGAUAUUGGCGAUUUGGCCAAUAAACUUAAUGCUGCUCGCAAUGAUAAUAACCAAAAACCAGAAGUACACUUUGUCAAAUAUCGCACACCAGAAGAUGCUGCCAAUGCUCAACACGCUAUCCAAUCUCAAUACGACUCAUUGGGUGGUUCUUCUCAGUCUCAUAAUGGCGGUGUUGCUCCAGUAAUUAAUUUCGCUUCUCAGGCUCCAGUUGCCUCAAACAGUCCAGCCUCGUAUGGUGGCAGCGCUUCUGCACCAAGUGCAUCUUACUUGCCUGCAUCAAUUCUCCGUCGUUUCCGUCUUUAA